AUGGCCCCUUACCAGAAUGCGAACAACGCUCCUGAGGUAGUGCAGCAAAGCAUACCUGAGGUGUACCACCCUCAGUCGGCCGUCUCGCCUUCUCCGAAAGCGAAAAGGACCUUUUGCGGCUGCACCAUCCUCGUCCUCAUCUUGUCCAUCAUCAUUGCCGCCUUGUCCGCUGCCGUCAUUGGACUUGCCGUAGGGACAGGUGUCCAGACGAACCGUGCCAACGAUGCGAAGGAGAAGUUGAACGCGCUGUCUGCCGAAGCAGCUGCCGCAGGGCCGGCAACGACGACCGUGACCGUGUCUGAAGCUGUGCCGACGGAGACGAGCUUCUCUGCCAUUACCCACGGCUGCUCGGACGAAAAAGACGCGACGUCAGGAACAGAUUACACAACUCACUUCUCUGACAAGGUGACCUUCACCAUGUUCUGCAACUCCAAUGCGCCGCCUUAUGCUCCCCUUCUGGCGCUCGCUGUGCCUGACUUUGACCGAUGCAUGGACGCUUGUGCUUCGUACACCAAAUACAUCAAGGGGACCUUCGAGUCCGAUUCUGACAGUGUCAACGCGACGUGCACAGCUGUCAGCUUCAUUCCCGCUUGGACGUCCAAGGAGGAGGCCAUCAACGCAAACGCCGAAGGCAACUGUUAUCUCAAGUCGGGUCAGCAGAGGAGGUCGGCCCUCGAGCCAGUGAAGCCUGGACCAGGCGAAACACAUGCGGCUAUUCUAUCAGCCUCUUGA